GUUCCUCUCAUUACACCGUAGUACAGAAUAAAACGCCGUUGCAGUCAUAACAGCUGCACCUCUGAAUCCUCUGAGUCCAAGUGGUAAAACCAGUUUUUCCCUCUUUCGUAAUAAAAUUCAACUGGUGAAAUUAAUUCGAUGGGCUAUUACCACAGGCUACAUUAUUGAUAUCAAUUUUAUCUGCAGCACGAGUGAUUUGCUAAAUAUAACUCGAGUUGUGGGGGAAAAUAGCGAGAAAUCUUGUGAGAAUUUCAUGUCGCUGUCGAGAUUGGAGAAUUCAGGAAAAUGGAUUUUGUUUACAUGCCUGAGGUACUGGCUUAUGGUCCUCUGAGGACACCUGUUUAUCGGGAUUACGAACAACCUUGGAACAAGGAUUACUUCAAUUACGGGAAGUCAUCGAACCAGGGUAAUCACCAGGAGAGGGUCUCGUCGCAGAAGUCUAAGUGCGAUCAGUGUCAUUUGUGCAAGCAAAAUAAGAGGCGAGUCCUGGGGACCUACUUCAGGAAGAGUCGCUCCAACUCCUGCAAUGACAUCUUCGAGGAGAAAGAAGAGGAGGAUGAGGUCGGGGAUAACGAAAAAGCUCAAGCUCAGAAGAGAACUGGAGAAAUAAAAUCCAAGCUCUCGGUUAUCAACCCGAGGAAGAGCUGAACGGACUGGUGAGACUCUGUGAGACAAGAUUGAGUUGUUGUUAAUUUUAAUUGUUUAUUUUAUGUAGAUUGUAAAGUAGUUUUAUAUUGUUUUGUAUUUUAAAUGUUCGAGUGUUAAUGCUGAAUUAAUUAUAUUGUGAGGGACUCCAGUUUUAUUGGUGGAAAGGAUUUAGAGUGAAUUUUGGAGGUGAAGGCCAUGGAUUUCUGGAAAAUUCUGGAAAAUUCUGAAAACUCUGAGAAUUUUUGAGAAUUUUUGGGAAUUUUUGGGAAUUUUUGGAAAUGAAAUUUCAUGGAGAAAUGGGAAUUUUUUUCUUGGGAAUUUUUUGCUUGGAAAUUUCGAAAGUUAAGUGGAAAUUCUGGUGGAAAAUUGAUGCGGGAAAUUGAAAUAUUUUACAGGGAAAAUGAAUUAUGAAUUUCCACUGGAAAAUUUGGGGUUUUUCAAGGAAAAUUAUGAAUUUUCCAGGCAAAAUUCCAAAAAUUUCAGGGAAUCGUCUCUCAUUUGAACGUGAAAACCAGAAAAACUAGAUAAAAAAUUGAAACAAUUUUUGACAACGUCAAUGUCAAGUACAGAGAAUUCCAAGAUAGCACGUCUCCAGUAUCUCGAGAAAAAUGGAAUAGCCUUGCGCUUUGUUCAGCGAGUAAACACUAUCCAUCAUCAUUUUUACAAAUUGUUUAAUCAUCAUUACUACAAGUGCCAACCCACGUCUUACGCUGCGUUAAAUUGUGAGAAGACCUCAACAAUUCUUAUCGCAAGUAAAUAUUAUUGAGGACAAUUUACAGCUUUCAUAAACAAAAAUAUUUGCCGGGUAAAAAAUGUUGAGGUUUUCCGCCGGAAUUUCGAGAGAAAUUCGCCAGAGAAAUGGUAAAGUGAGACAAUUCCAUUUCAGACUCGGUAAACACCAACGAAUCUCGAAACCUACUGAUUUUACAAAAAAAACCUAUACCACCUUUUUUAUUCAAAAUUUUCUGACCGACAAAAAAGUCCCUUGACACAUCCGUCUGAAAUCGAUAUUUUCCGAGAUAAUCGAUAAUUAAGAAAAAUUGAGUAAUUGUGAAAAUGGAGCAAUCCGAUUUUUCAAAGUCGAUAAACACCGGUGAAUCUCGAAAACUAUUGAUUUUACAAAAAAAUAUCAUAUGACCUUUUUCAUCAGAAAUUUCUUGACGCACAAAAAAGUCUUUCGACAAUUCCCUCCGAAAUCGAUACUUUUCGAGAUAAUGGACAAGUAAGAAACAGUAAUCGUGUUAAUGUCAUUUUACCUUCGAUCGUUAAUUUUUAAUUAGUGUAAAUAAUU